AUGGAGACAUACCAUGGGCUGGUUCGCUCGCCUAUGGAUGCGAUAAUACUGUUCGAAGCGUGCAGACAGGGCCUCCUCCCGCGGGUCCAACGCCGGUUAUCGGAGAAAGAGCGGCAAAGCAUAAAAUCCGGCAGCAUUUUCGUUUGGGAUGAACGAGAAGCCGGCAUGCGAAGAUGGACCGAUGGGAAAUCGUGGAGUGCGAGUAGAGUUUCUGGGAGCUUUCUGUGCUAUCGCGAGAUGGAAGGGAAGCGGGGUGGGGGUUCCACUUUCCCUUCGAUGCCCCCAACCCAAAACGGAAAGUCUCCGGAUCAUGGCAGUGACAGCGAUUCGGACAACCGCGAUGGACUGGCUGAAGGGUAUCGAUAUAAGCCGGACGGGCUGAUGAAGCAGUCCUUCAGCAUUACCACUUCGACCAAUCAGAAGCUUCAUUUGAUCAGCUAUUACGCACGAUCUCAGAACAUGGGAGAAUUAAAACAACCUUCGACGGACCCACAGCUGAAGCACAUCAUACCUCAGCCGGGAGUAUACCCCGAGCAGACUUUAUCGGAUCCAACUCCACAACCAGGCCUGCAUCAAGCUUUAACUAUGCCGCCAGGGCAACCUCCUAUGGUCGUCGCGGCUCCCAGAUCGAUGCUCCCAUCGCCGUACUCAGUUGCUCAAACUCCUGUCCAGCAAGCCCAUGCUCCCCCGGAAAUGCAGCCUCCACAGCUACCCGCCGUCGUCCCUCAUCUACAAGGGUUUGGUACGGUAUCAGCACAUGCACCUAGCCCAUACGGCUGGCCACCUAGUCCAAUAUCUACACCUCCGACCAACAACUUCGCACAGAGUAAUGGAUACCCCCCGCAGGGCCUUCCAGCUCCCUUAACAAGUCCACCCCCAGCGAAUACGGCAGUUACGAAAGGGCCCUACGAUCCAACAUUAGGUGCUCCAAUUGGGUACGGUAUGAUGGGAUCUCCAUUACACUACGAGCAGGCGCAUCCAACAUUACAACCCCUGCAAUCCCCACAUCCACACCGACCUUCGAUGCCAUCAUCUAUACAUCUACAUCCUCCUCAAACAUCGCCCGGUAUCUCGAACUUCCACCAUGGCCCAUUGCCAUUACUACCGCCGGAGAGUUCCCGAUAUUCGUCACCAGCGUCGAGCGUCGCCGCCGGUUAUCCAAGUCGAACGCCACCACGACCGGCGGAUCCAUGGGAGCCUCCACCGCCAAUCCUCAGCCCCGUUGAAGGAACUGCUGCUUCAUUGGAUGUACAAGAUAUUCCAAACGAGAAGCUUGGAUUUGGAGAAGAUGCAAGGGCUCUGAGGCAGCUUGAUAAGACCUUCAUGAGGGUUUAA